CAUCGCAACUCUACUAGAAUGCCUACAUUCAUUGGUGCAAAGAUGGUAUUGGGAAAACAAGAAUAGAGCCCAAAAAACUACAACAACACUGGCAAAAAUACCUGAAAAAACAUUAAAGAAACAAAGAGAUAUGAGUUUAAAGUACAAGGUUGAAACAGCAAACCUUCUGGUAUACCAAGUACACGACAACAACAGAUCUCACAUAGUAAACUUGGAGAAUAAAACAUGCAGCUGCCAACGAUUUGAAUAUGAUGAAAUGCCUUGCUCUCAUGCAAUGGCUGUACUAAGCAAAAGGAACCUGUCUUGCUACAAAUAUUGCUCAUACUACUACACGAAAGAAGCUUUUAUGGCAACAUAUGAAGACAGUAUACUCCCAUUAGGUGAGGCAACAUCAUGGAAUAUACCAGAUUUAAUAAGAAAUAUUGUAGUCCUCCCACCUAAACAUAAGAGAGCUGCCGGAAGACCAAAGAAACAACGAUACAAAAAUGGACUUGAAGCAAAAGCACAAGUGGUAUGCGGUCAAUGUCACCAGAGAGGACACAACAAAAGAUCAUGUAAAAAUGACCCAGUACUAAAACCACCAAGAAAAAGAAAAAGAUCAUAAAAUCCUGAGGUAAAAUGAAUAAAUGUUGGUAAGCAUCAAACAUGGUUACUAAAUAGACAGUAUACAAAAACAAUUUACAAUGAUAAUUGUUAGUUGAUAAAGCUUUUCAAUGUAUUAAUACAAACUUUUAAUAAAAUGAUUACAAUUCGCUUAGAUUCAAGUAAGUUUUUUUUUUCCUCCUCUAUAUAUGAACAGUUACCAAAUAUAUGAACAGUUACUAACUGUAAUUUAUUUACAACCAUUUUAAAGGUUAAUAAACCAUCACAUUGGUUUAUAUCAC